GAUGUUUGAUUGUCAAAAUAAUAAGUGUUUUGAGUGAAUUUGAUUUAAAGUUAAACAAUAGUUAAACAUUCAGUAGAAAAAAAGUAUUUAAGAAAAUCUAAACAUAAAAAGUGGCCAACAGAACAUCUGUCAUAUGUCAAGCAACUGUCAAAAUAAAAAAUUCAUCUGUCAUCUGUCAAAAUUGAGUGAUGUUUGAUUGUCAAAAUAAUAAGUGUUUUGAGUGAAUUUGAUUUAAAGUUAAACAAUAGUUAAACAUUCAGUAGAAAAAAAGUAUGUAUUUAAGAAAAUCUAAACAUAAAGGGUCGCCAACAGAACAUCUGUCAUAUGUCAAGCAACUGUCAAAAUAAAGAAUUCAUCUGUCAUCUGUCAAAAUAAUAAGUGUUUUGAGUGAUGUUUUGUUUCUUGUUAUUAAUUAUCAAUUUAAAUAGUGCAUUAUAAAGUUAAAAUGAGUGCUCCUCCUCAAUAUAGCGAAAAACCUCCAGCGUACUCCGCUAUUCCACCAGAAUAUGAAUCGAGAGGCCCACAAUAUCAACAAGAUCCCAGAUUGCUUUAUAACUCUGUUCCCCCUAGCCAACUACCUUCUUACGGAGCAAUACCAUCAGCACCCAUAACUGUUAUUCAUCAACCAGUUGCUCCUCCAGAAAUAAUAAUCGUGGGUGGAUGUCCAGCCUGUAGAGUAGGCGUAUUAGAAGAUGACUAUACUUGCCUGGGAAUAUUUUGCGCAAUAUUCUUUUUUCCUAUUGGAAUAUUGUGUUGCUUAGCUAUGAAGAAUAGACGUUGUUCUAAUUGCUCAGCAUAUUUUGGAUAA